ACUAAGCGUCGUAAAAGUAGAAAUACUUGAGUCAGGCAAGCGUUGCAAGACGCUGCUCCACAAUUCGCACCACAAUGCCAUCCAUGGCCAUUCUUUAUUUGCAGUCGCCAGUUGAAUGCGAUUUGAGAGACAAGAACUACUUGCUUAGCAGAAACAUGGCCUAUUGCAGUGUGACCAGCACACCACAACGGUUUGCCAACUGUUUAUCAAAUUUUCAAUUGCACGAUCUGCUCGUAUUGAGGAAGUCAUUGGAAAUGAUGAAUUACACGGAUAGCCAGAACGAGAACGUUAUCGAUGAUUACGACACAACGAAUACACCCGAACGUAUGGCCUUGAUGGCAGCCGAUAGGAGUGAUCGUGGAUCUUCAUCGAGCAUUAGCGGUCCUUCGCAGUUCUGGCAAAGUGAUCAUGCUGGUCAUUGGGUCGAGGAGAAACCAUCUAAACUGCAGACCCUGUUUCAAAUAAGCAUUACUGCAUUGGCCUUUCUCUCUUUUGGUGGCUAUCUUCUUUGCCUCAUCGUACAGGCAAUUAAGAGCAAAGGCACAACCUAUUUCCAUCCGGUGGCCACAGCGACAACAACAUCAACAAAUGGCAGUGUAAAGCGUAUUAAAAUUUACAGACGUAGUAAACGCAGCAUCAUCUUGCCCGAUGACUAUGUAACAUAUAUGAGGUCCAUACGUGGCCAGAGGAGGGAUCAUGCUUACCUGGUUGGGUCGUAG